GAUUGGCGGACGCGGUCCAGAGCCGGCGCUUGCCCAAGAGGAGAGUCAGUCGGUGCCCAGCCAAAGUCGAGGUUGCUGUCGGCGACGUCGAGCACCCCAGCCAGCAGCAGCACCACCACGUGUACGUGUACGCAGUGACGCGCCGCGAGUGUGGACCUGGUGACGACAUGUGCGGCAGAUAGUGGUGCCAUGUAGUGAGCGAGAGCUGUGUGAUGCCGCUGUGCCGUGGCCGCGAGUGAACCAUGCCACACGUCUCGUCCAGUGGCGGCGAUGAUCUCGGCAGCACCGAUGAGGUUAAGGUGUUUAAGGACGAGGGCGACGGGGAGGACGAGAAGAGGUCCUCUGAGAACCUCACCGAGGAGAAGAGCAGUCUCAUCGACCUCACCGAGUCGGAGGAAAAGUCUGGUGGCAGUUACUCUUCCAAUAAAAAUGUCUCCCGAGCGGACCACAGUCCCGUCUUCGGCAAGGUGGAGCCCGUGCCCCACACCUCUUCGUUCAACAUGGGAUAUUUGGUGUCCCCCUACAGCUACGCCAACGGAGCGGCUGGCCCCAUACCCGUGUCAAUGGCUAGUAAGAUGGGCCUGGCGCCAACGGGACACCCGGGAGCCGCCCUACCCUUCUUCUGCCACAACGGAGACCCCCUGUCGCAGCCGCCGCCGGCGCACAUGGGCAUCCCCCCCUACCAGCUGGACAGCAAAACCGCGGGUUCCAUGGGACUCACGAGACCACCGAUGUACCCUUUUCCUGCUGGCCAGUACCCUUACCCCAUUCUCAGUCCUGAAAUGUCACAGGUGGCGGCUUCAUGGCACACGCCAAGCAUGUACCCGCUGUCGCCGGGAGCCGGCUUCAGGAGUCCGUACCCCAGUGCCCUCCCGAUCUCGACGAGCAGCCUGCCUAGUGAUUUCUACCGGUUCUCCCCCACGGGGCUGAUCCCGCCGCACCCGGGCCUGUCGCCGCACCCGCCUCACCUCUCGUCGCAUCCGGCCAUCGUGACGCCUGGACCCAAGCAGGAGUUACCCGACUUGAACCACAAACCUUUAAACUUAACAAUCAAGAAAAUGCCGAUUGCCAUCGUCGCUCCCUUCACCAUCGUCGAGCCCAAACUCAACAAGCACGAAGACCUCCCGCAAGACCUCUCCAUGAAGCUCUCCAAAAACAACGACCAAUGCUUGGACCUCAGCAAAACCAAAGAAACCAACUUGGAGAAAUCCAAUCUGAACCACAACGAACAAUUGAGAAAAUACCUCUGCAAGAACGAGGACGAAACCAAGAACCACUACAGCAAGAACACCUACAACGAGCAAGGCAACAAGCUGGCGGACCUCUACAAGAGCCUGGGCCCCGACUCCGUCUAUUCCUUCAUCAACAACCUAACCGACCGCAAACUCCUCAGCGCCUGGUACAUGAACACCGUGCUCGGCCACCAAAACCCCUACCUAGCCCUCCCUAAAACCGACUCCUCCGACAACCGCAUUCUCAACAACCUCCUCGACAAAAAACCCUACUCCACUUACAAAUUCCCGACGAAUUUUGACGCACUCAUCGUCAACGAGAUGCGUUCGGAAAAGCCCGAGUCCAAAAAGGACAAGAAGGGGUCACAAGUCGACCACAAGAACAACCUGGGUGACUCGAAGAACAACCAGGACGGCAAUAACGGAGAAAAGAAGAAGCCCCACAUUAAGAAACCCCUAAACGCCUUCAUGUUAUACAUGAAGGAGAUGCGAGCGAAAGUCGUCGCAGAAUGCACGCUCAAGGAAAGCGCCGCCAUCAAUCAAAUACUCGGCCGAAGGUGGCACGCGCUGGGCCGCGAGGAGCAGGCCAAGUACUAUGAGCUGGCGCGCCGGGAGAGGCAGCUGCACAUGCAGCUCUACCCCGACUGGUCGUCGCGCGCCAACGCCACUCGCGGCAAGAAGAGGAAGCGCAAGCAAGACCCUGCCGAUGGAGGUAACAGCAUGAAGAAGUGCCGAGCAAGGUACGGAUUGGACCAACAAAACCAAUGGUGUAAACCAUGCAGGCCCCGAGAACAGCUCACAUGGCGGCGGAACUUCCACGGUCCACACCGGCUUGCUGCACGCAGCAGGAGGUGCUGCUACCACGCAGUCGCCCCAGGAACCGACAUACGUCAAUCUAUAGCCCUCUCACGCAAGAAGAAGUGCAUACGAUACAUGGAGGCAGGCGAUGGCAAUGACGGGAACCAAUCCGACGACAACCUAGGCAGCUGCGGCAGCAUGGGCGACGCGCACACGCCGCCUGAGGACGACGCCGAGAGCCUCAACCAGUCCAUCUCCAGCCCGGGCGCCCUCUCGGGCCUCAGCAGCCUGACGAGCCCCGGGGGCAUGGUGCUGCCCAGCCCGUCGACGAGCGUCGCCAGCCCCUCGGUGAGCGUGGCCAGCCCCUACAUGCUGCAGAGCCCGCUGACGCCGCACGAGGCCUUCGACGUGAAGCUGCCGCCGCCCCCGCACCCCCACCACCAGCCGCCCCGCAACCCCGUCGGGACGAACCCCCACGACAUAAACAAUCCGCUCAGUGUGAACCAAUUGACCGGACAGUGCGUGAGAAAUGACUCCUCGGACACGAAUGGAAAAGAGACACGCUCCAUUAUCAGCGUCACGUAGCCCCCCUGAACGGUGGUGGGCCAGACUGUGUUCAGUGCAGUGCGAUGAUCUCAAUUGCUCCCCGUUUGUUUCUGGUUUUGACUCUAGUACUGCACUCGUGGAAUUUUAUACUAUGUAACAUAAAUGUCAUUUGCCAAAAUCACCUCUAUAUCUUAUAAAUAUCCAUUUAUAUUUUCUAGUUAUUUAUAGUGGUAUUUGGAUGUUGGAGGCCCGAGCUGGCUGUACUUAACACCCAAUUCUAAUCAGAUUAGAAGGCGCGCUUUUAUUUUUCGACGUGAAGGCUCUUCAGAAAUUCUAAUCCCCCUCAUCGUGUAGCUUCUAAUUAAAUUAGAAGGUUAAUUUGUAUUUACUAUUACGAGAAUAGUACUUUUGACUUCAGCUUCUAAUUAAAUUAGAAGGCAUUGCGUUUUGAAAUUGCUUCAAAAAUUACCCCCAGGCUGUCUCAUAAUUGGCGAAUCCAAGUGCAUUACCGAGAAUUACUUCAGUAGUCCAAAUAUAGAAAAAAAUAAAGAUUUGGGGGUUCCCCACAAAGAUAUAUUGUGUUUUCUUCAAAUGCUGGGUAAAAAUUUCGUGGAUUUUGAUUAUUUGUGGUGUAGAUAAGUAUGGAAAAUAAUAAUGUAAAACUUUUUCCAAAAAUUGCCCAAUUUUGGAGUAAAAAAAUAAUAAAUUUUUGUAAUUUUUUUACUUCAAAAUGAAGCUUAUUGUUGGUGAAAUUGUUUUACGUUAUUAUUUUUAGGCUACAUUUGAAGUAAACGCAAUUCAAAAACUGACCGCAUCUUUCUGAGGAAGCUCCGACUCUGUAUUUUUUUUUCUAUAUUUGGAGUACUGAAGCUAUUAUCUUUCAUGCACUUUAGCCGGAGUUCGCCAAUUUUGAGACACUGUGUAUCUAUGUUUGGAUAGAUAACGGUUUUAAAUUUUGACACUGGUCGAAAACGGCUACAUUUACGAAUAGGAUUUCCGGUACUUAGUUCAAGUUAGCGUUGGUUGGUUUACGUGACCCUUCAACAUCCAAGUAGUAAUUUAGAUAGUUUAAAUUUAUGUUCCUUGUGCCACAACUUUCGAUACUACUUUGUUUUUAUUUUAAUGAUUCCGGAGACAAUUGUUACAAAUGGAAACAAGAGUAGUUGCAAUGAACCAUAACCGUUUCGUUUGAAAUUACCAGAAUAAAUGAAAUUAUUGAGUUGUAUAUUGAAACAGAAUGUAAUUACUUUGUACAUAAAAUGUUAUAUAAAGUUUAUCUUGUAAAAUUAUUUGAACGUUCUAUAUUUUAUUUGUUAAAAUUGUGGCGAGCCAUAUUAUUUUCUAACUAUGAUUUUGCAAUUUGAACGGCCAUAUUAUAAAGACACGAUUCCUCAGUCAUGUAAAUAGUUGACACAAAACAGCGUAUUUCUCGAGAGACGCGUGCUAUUCAGAUUCAAAGCAGGGAAAUUAUUAGGCGUUCGUGUUCAAUACUUUAAUUUACUAUAAUAAAAAAGAGACAUGUGAUAUUUUAUACUAUUUAAUAUAAAUAUAUUAUGUUUGGCUUCCCUCAGGAUUUUGCAUUUACUGACUUUCAUUUGGCAAUGUUGCGCAGCCAACAUUGGACGAAACAAUCGUCUUGAUUCAAACGCCGAGGAGAGAUUAAUUUAUGUGCCAUAUUCGUUUGAACCACGACCGUUGUUCCAAGCUCGUGACUGUUUAGGUUAAACGGAUACCUUUAAGUUUUGGAUAAGUGCAAUGUAAAUGUCUAAUAGUUAACUUGAAACUGAUAAGAGAGAAACGUCUUUUGUGUGCUGACUGUCCGACUUGUGCCCUUGUUAACGUUUGUUUUUUUUUCAUAGUUUGAGUUGGCAUGGGUCAGACAAUCUGCCGUGCAUUCAAGCCGGGUCAUUGUGAAUGGCCUGGUCGGUGUACCAACAUAGAGUAAAUGAAUAUACAUAUAUAAAUAAAUUAGAGUAUGUAGGUGUUAAUCGUCUUUGUAAGUAGCAUCUGUUCGUAACACCGUCUAGGCUAAUAAUCAUUCAAUACAAAACCUCAAUAUGAA